AUGGCAAUGACCGACAGCGUGAGCUCGCGGACAUCCACAUCAGCUCCUGAGUGUCAUUCCUGCUUCACCCUACAUGAGGUCCCCACCGCUGCAACGAAGUGGAUCACAUGCAGAAGCCAGAGAUGCCUCCACGAGAAUCCUGAGCUUCCCGAGCGCGGCAAGAGGUUUGCCUUAUGCCGCCAGUGCCUUGAGACCGGCAUUUGUCCGCAAUGUGGGGAGGUUAUACCUCCGAGUGCUGUGGAAGCCAUGACGGAUGGGUUGCGAGUGCACAGUGAGAGUGGGACCGGAUAUCCCGGUAGUACCAACAGCGGAAGCAAUCGUUUCUCAAGCAAUCAAGGAAGUCGCAAAGAACGGAGCCGGAUUGACUGGGACCAGUACCGGAACCAGAGCUGGUGGAGCGCUUCGAGCUGGGGCGGGGGUGGAUGGGAUGCUGACUGGACUCACUACGGUCACUACACACCUAUUCACUGGAAGAGAAUCUCGAUCAAUCCACGCUCUGUGGGACUUGUUGUGGGUAAAGGAAACAAAACCCUAGAUGCACUCAAACAGCGACCUGGCAUCGUGGACGUCAAAGUGCACAACGGAGGGCAAAUGGAAGAGGCGCCCUGGGAAGGCCAAGGAACUAGCCGCUGCUUUGUGGAAGUUACUGGCUUCACACAGCAAGCUGUUUGGGAUGUGGUGGACGAGGUGCGGAAGUACGAAAGCAGGCACAAGUGGGGUCAAACAUCGGCAGGAGCUGGUGCGCGAAGCCUUCACAUAGAGAUCUCCAGGAAGCGAGUCCUUCGGUUUCAGGCGGCAGCCAUGGAAGCAGUUGCUGCUGACUUCUCGGCAUACAAGCAAGAACGAGACUUCUACACCAUCAGUCACGGCGACAGGACCAAUGUAAAUCCAAACCCGGGCCGGUCCGAGACACGAGCCCGUUCAUUCAUUCACGUCGGCCCGAAUCUUCCGGGCUUGUCAUGUCUUCUGCACGAGCUGCAGAGAGUUUUGAGCGGUCUACCAGAUGGAGAAGAUGCAAGGAUCGUCAUUCGACUUGGGUGCUUGCUCUUCUCUGGCCUGGAUCGAGCCGCACUCCGUUGGUCGCAGGAGGAGUUUGGGCGUCUACAUCCAAAAUCCGACUUCCAGACCCAGUUCUCGAAGUUCGUCAAGGAUUCGGUUGCUGAACGCAUCAAGCUGUUUUGGGAGCUCAAUCUGUUCGGGCACCAGCGAGAGCCGCAUCCCACGUGCGAGAGUAGCGCGGAGAUACGCCUGGAGCUGCAGGAGGAAGAGCGGAAGGACUUGCCCAAGGAGUUGGUGGCAGUUCUUCACGACCCAGACGUUGACUUGAAGUCAAUCAAGCAGCUCGGGCGCGGCUCCAUCAAGCACGUGCACAGCCGCACGGGGAGGCGGUUGUAUGCAGACCUCUGCUUCGCAGAGGCCACAGAGACAGAGCUCGGCUUGUCUCUUCGCCUCCAGGUCACCUCUGGGAAAGACUGUGCUCAUGUCCAAGAUCUUCUUGAAGAGGCACCGAUUACAGAAGGCUCCAAGAACACCAAGCUCAUUACGCUGGCUCACAAUGGUCCGGCUCAGUAUUGCGUCCAGGCGCUGAAGCGCGUGCAUUUGCAAGAAAGCUACGCCGGCCAGGGUGUCGCCUCGGCGACUUUUAAGCGACUCACGGAAAGUGAUCAUCGGCAUAUGUUCACAGGCAACAUCGAGAGCUGGGAGGUUGAGUUUUCCUCUGGAGCCUUAGAUGUGUUCUUGAAGACUCGGGGACAAGAAAACGAGGCUUGCCUUGAGUGUGAGAAGCUUGUCUCCGAGGUCUCCAAGUUUAUGAGUUCCUUUUUGUCUCAGCCCCCAGCCUAG